AUGUCCUCUUUUUCCAAGUCCUUAGACCGAGCCGGCAUCUGGUCAUACGUUCCUUUCAGUUCCUCUCCCCGCCGUCGUUCCGUUAGUAGCGGACUUCCUCGCGCAGCCGCCGCCCCCUGGGACCCCUUUGAAAAGACAGAUCGACAAACAAGUGGCACGGGCGCAAGCCAACUGUCCAUCCUGGAGUCGGUUCAGAACGCCUGGAUGACUCAAAGUCGUCAGGCUCGUUUCUUAAAGACCGGAGGGGUUCUGGCUCUGAUCGUUCUAUUAUACUGGUUCCUCUCAGGAGGAAAUGGGAGCACAUAUAGCUCUGUCCCCGACUUCUACACCCCCUCCAAUUCUCCCACUUCAAGAUGCACGAAACCGUAUGACUUUUCGAGACCUCUUGUUCAGUAUGCCAUUAUGAUCGACGCGGGUAGCACUGGGAGCAGGAUUCAUGUCUAUAAAUUCAACAACUGCGGUCCAACCCCGGAACUGGAGAAUGAAGAGUUCAAGAUGACGGAGAAGAGGCCAGAAGGUUCCGGGUUGAGUUCAUACAAGACAGAUGUCGAAGGUGCUGCUAGGAGUCUUGACCCCCUCAUGGAAGUCGCGAUGGCUUCAGUGCCAAACGAGUACAAGUCAUGCACGCCCAUUGCGGUCAAGGCAACCGCGGGUCUACGGCUGUUGGGAGAAGAGAUGAGCGUCAAGAUCCUCGAGGCUGUUCGGAAUCGCCUGGAAACUCAUUACCCUUUUCCCGUAGUGUCUCGAGAAAAUGGGGGUGUGGAGAUUAUGAAAGGCGAGGAUGAGGGUGUCUUUGCAUGGAUUACUACGAACUAUCUGUUGGGCAAGAUUGGAGGACCCGACGAGACUCCAACGGCGGCCGUCUUCGACCUCGGAGGCGGUUCAACUCAGAUUGUCUUCCAGCCGACUUUUAAGAACAGUCCGCAUGGAGGCAUGCCCCAGAAAAUGGAAGAGGGAGAUCACAAGUAUAACCUCAAGUUCGGUGGGCGGGAAUUCGAGCUUUAUCAGCAUUCACAUCUCGGCUACGGCCUCAUGUCUGCGCGGAAAGCCUUGCAUCAACUGGUCCUUGACCGCAUGCAUAAGCAGAGUCCGGAUUCGAAGGCCUGGCUCAGCAAACCCAUCCCGAAUAGUUGCAUCGCUCCCGGCGCACAGAAAAAGGUCGUCGUCGAAAUGCCCGCUGACCACGAACUGUCAGGCGAACACUCGGUGAUAAUGGAAGGUCCCGCCGACGCCAUCCCAGCCCAAUGCCGCGCCCUGGCCGAAGCCAUCCUGUACAAGGACAAAGAAUGCACGCUUGCCCCCUGCUCCUUCAAUGGCGUGCACCAACCAUCGCUCGAAAAGACCUUCUCUAGGGAGGAUGUUUACAUCUUCUCGUACUUCUAUGAUCGCACACACGACUUGGGUAUGCCUGAAUCGUUCACUUUGCGCGAACUCCAGGAUCUCACCGCCAGAGUGUGUGGGGGAGAACAAUCAUGGGAUGCGUUUGCUGGGAUGGAGGGCGCUCUGGACGAUCUCCGAGAGAGACCCGAGUGGUGUCUGGAUUUGAAUUUCAUGUCUGCGCUGCUGCAUACGGGCUAUGAGAUGCCAAUUGAUAGAGAGGUCAAGAUUGCAAAGAAAAUCAAGGGGAACGAGUUGGGAUGGUGUUUGGGCGCGAGCUUGCCGCUGUUGGAGAAGGAGAGUGGGUGGCAGUGCCGCAUUAAGGAAGUCUCGUAA